AUGGAGGGUAUCUGCCAUACCAAGGGAAGACAGAAAGGAGUCAUCAAACUGAUCCAGACUCAUUGUGAACAAAGCUCAAGGAAGAUAAUUGAAAGGAUCAGAUGCAAGACUAGCUCCUCAACAAACAAACACCAACAGCAUACAGCAUCACCAUGCAAUGCCGGCAGAACCCGCCAAGGAGGAUCAGACCGUUCAAAAGUUGAAUUAAAGCCUCUGGCACCUAACUUGGCCAUAAUGUCAGCACAGCUAUUCCCUCUCUGA